CCUCUGCAUGUGUGCAUCCUUUCCUCCAGCCCUCAGGUGUGUUACGACUCCGCCUCCGGUGAGUGGAGAGUAUAUCUACGGCAGCAAACUCUCCGAAACAGCACCUCAGCAGAGUCAGUUCACCGGAGACUGAAGGGCAAUAAAGCAGCUAUUCAUCGCGAGAGCUGAGACAUUAACACGCGCACAAUGGCUGGUGAUAAACGCUUUGUAAUCAGUGCCCGCAUUAUCGGAGCCGUCCACAGAGACUUACCCAAACUGAAGAUGUUCAUGAUCUCUGUGUUAUGGUCUGACGAGACUGAAGUGAUUGUUUACAGGUCCUUCCAGGAUUUCAAGAAAUUUCAUAGGCAGCUGAAAAAGAGAUUCCCUACCAUGAACCCUUUCAGGAAAAACGACAGAGUGAUCCCCAAAUUUAGAGGGCAGGCCAGGAAGAGCAGCCAGAAGAAAGGAUCCAAGCGAUCAGUCCAACGCAUGAAGUUCCUGGAGAGCUACUGCGACAAACUGCUCAAGUGCGACCAAACUGUAACUCAGAGCUCAGAGCUGGAACAGUUCUUCAUGCCCAAAGACCACGACCUGCAGUCGGACUUCACCAAGAACAGCAUCAUGAUCCUGAUGUCGGAUGAUCUGCCUGAUGGCUCAGGCGGAGGAGGAGGGAAUGUGACUCGCCAGCAUGCAGGCAGCGUCACUCACCCGUUUAUCACCCAGACUUACUGCUGCGUGUCUGCAUACGAGACAAAGGAUACCAAGAACCGUCCGUUUAAGGUCGCCGUGAACGAGAAGCUGGACGUGCUGAUCAAAGAUCCUGCAGGUUGGUGGCUGGUGGAGAACGAAGAUAAGACUCUGGCUUGGUUUCCUGCUCCCUACUUAGAGUUAUUGGACGGCGAGGCCGAGGAUGACGCUGGAUUCCAGCUUGCAGGUGCCCUGUACUGUGCCAUGAGGAGUUACACGGCGAAGAAUAAUGACGAAGUGUCCGUGCCCAUCGGCUCUGUGGUGGAGGUGCUGAGGAAGUCUGACAACGGAUGGUGGCUUAUCAGUUUCAAUGGCAAAGGUGGAUACAUCCCCUCCAUGAACCUGCAACCUUACAACAACCCACGAGCAGGCCUUUACACCCUGCAGAGAAAGCUGCACAGCUCCACUCUGAACCUGUCAACCCCCAGGGAAGCUCAGACUCUUCGUCCAUACAGCAUCAACGAAGAAGACGGCCCACACCCUGAGUCUGCAGGUCAGUCCAGAGGAGAGCGCGGGCGUCUCCUCAGGGCCCGAUCUCUGGAUGUCCUCUCUGAGACCUGGUCGCAAACACAGAUGGAGAGAGACGCCUCAACCGCAGAUGAUGCCCGUGCACGCAGCAUGACCGACGCGAGCGACACGAGCGACGCGGGCUUCUCCGACUUCUCCUCAAGCAGCGAAUCCUCCUCGAGUUUAAUUGAGGAAGCGCAGAAUCAGGGCCGCACAGGAAGUCCUGCAGCCUCCCCCCCCCGGCCUAGUCUCGGCGAAAUCGCUCUCAGCCUCUCCAACACUAGCUUCGAGAGCACUGGAUCUGCCAGCUCCAAAGGCAGCGAGACGUCAUCCGUGGCUCCCCGGGUGCCACCCAGACCCAAAACAGAGGAGAUCCUGACCCGCUGCACCACCAUGACCCGCAAGGCAGCCCUGGCCACCAAGACCCGGCUCCAGAUUCAGCCGGAGUCCAUCUACCGUCGCUAGGGAGUCACAAUCCUUAGUUAUUUAGUAUUGAUGUAACAUAUUUGACCUGUUCCACCUCACAGGUUCUGUCAGUCAAAUGUGUUUUGUGCAGCAUCGUACAAAGAUGAAAGUACGCUGAAUACUAUGAUGAUGUCUAGAAAUUUCACUUUCAAAUGGAGCAUAGCACCUUACGAUUGAAUAUUUCACUCAGUAGGAUAAUAAUAGUAAUAAUAAUAAUAAUAAUAAUACUUAUGUAGCUUCAGUGAAGCGUUCGAAGGAGAAGAAGAAAUGUAUGUGACGUUGUCAUACAGUAGUAAACUCAUAUUUUCUCUAGCUUUGAAGCCACUAAUGUGGUUUGUUGGAGUUGAAAAGUUAUUUACACUAAACUGUUUUAUGUAUCCUCGUUUAUUUUGACAGCUCUGAAUUGUUUGAUUAUAGAAAAGUUAUCAUUAAAUUAUUAUGCAUGUUUGCUAUAUCAUUCACAACAGUAAUUUAUCUUCUUUCUAUUAUUGUCCCUGUAAGUACAGUAUGUGUUGCAUUAUAACUUGUUCACGAUACAGCUUCAUACUGUGACGUUUGACAAAAACAUGUUAAUAAAAUCUAAAAAU